UCGAUAUUGGAUAGGCUGCGGGAUUGUUCUCUAAUUCUGCUUGCUUUCCUGCGUGCAGCCUAAUUUCGAUAGGCUGUGGGAUUGUUUUCGACUCUAAGUUCUCUAAUUCUGCUUGUUUUCCUGCGUGCAGCCUAAUUUCGAUAGGCUGUGGGAUUGUUUUCGACUCUAAAUUCUCUAAUUCUGCUUGCUUUUCUGCGUGCAGCCUGAUUUCGAAACAGAUCGGAUCAGACGGAAUCUUUAAAAGACCUCUAAAUUUCCGCGGGAGAAUUAUUUUCGCGUAUUUCGCGAAUAACCGAGAUACGUGAAAAUAAAAAUUGCAAAGCGGAUCUACCCAGCCUCGUCAGUCACAAGGCAGUCUUGUAAACAUUCUGGAAGGAAUACCGAACUGACGGGUGAUUUCUUCUGGUGACGUAAAGCUUUGAUUCAGAAAAAAAAGGCGAAACAGGUGUCGCAGUCAGAUCAUUCUAAAAGCUCGCGCUUGCACUUAAGCAUAAUCGUUUACUGGGGUUUCGCUUUGUAAGCAGCGUGAGUCGAGUCCUGAAGUUACAUUAAUUUACUUGGAAUUAUUGGAACUGUGUGUUUAUUGAAACAAGUGCAAACGGAGUUAGUUGCAGUGAUGUCUUCAACAUAGCUGCGCUGGAAUCCUGCAAAAUUGACACUGUCGCCUUUAUUCUGUUUAUACUCUUCAGGCGGCUUAACCCUAAUCUCCAAGGGGGUUGAUUGUGAUUGUGAUGACGAGAUUACGCCAUGCUUCAUCAGCGAGUAGGAGCUUAACACAUCUCCAGUAGAUCUUCUUAAAGGAGGGCUUAGGGUUAGUUGUCGUUUACUCCCAUGCGAAUUGCAACAAAAACUUCGGGCAAAGAUCCUUCUGAAGAAUCAUUGAUAUCUCAGCCUUUGUGUUAUAAAUAUCAUUACUCGAUCGAGAGUCAGAUAUAAUUUUACCUAUCCCAAGGUUGCAUUUGGUCACUUUCCAUCGUUUCGAUCAUUUAACCCGAAGGAGUUUCGUUAUUUUUAGGCUUGAGAGGAUUAUGUAAUCGAACCUGCUUAUACUGUACAAACCAGUGACUUCGUCGAAUCGAUUGAGCCAAUAUGAGGCCACGGCUUAGCAUUCAACUGCUUAAACAUUUAGAGCCAAACGUAUAUCAAAAGAUCUGACGAAAAGUUGGCUGGCUCAGUUUUGUCCAAAAGGAAAAGGCGGUAAUUUCACAUAAUUUUUUCUAACCCAGAGGAGCGGAUUAUUUCGUAAAUUGUGUGGAUGACGACGUUCAACAUGUUUCAAUACCGACCAUGCAGUGUCUUUGUCGAAAUGAUAGAUCAAACGAAAGGAACGCCUGUGACGAUAGCUUAAAAUGUACUAAUAACGUGACCAAAUUAGAUGACUUUUGGCGCCAGGAUGGGUUAUAAAAAGCCGUAGAAGGCACGAACGAUACUCCAACUAUACCCAACGGAAUAUGACGACUCGAAGUGUGGAUUACGACAUCGGGUGUUCAAUAGAGCAUACUUGUAGGUUCGACUUGGGAGAUCGUGACCAUUCUAACUAACCCUUUUUGUAACUUUUGGGUACAAACGGGGUAAUUUGACUCUUGAAACCGGGCUACGAAAAUCAAGGUAUAGUGUACAUAAAUCGUCAUCGAAUAUUGAAAGCGCUUUUUAUCACUAUCAUAUUAACAAUAAAAUGCUUGAUAUUAUUGUUAUUAAUGUUGAUUCAGCUUCGAGCAAAUCUUACCCAAUAUUAAACUAGGCCUUUACCUGGUGUGAUCAUGGCACUUAUGUUUCCACUUUUGAUUGGAAUACAAAACAAUAAAAAGAAACCUGCGCCUCGUUAAACAACAACACCUGGAAUAGAUAUACUUCUUGACAAAACAAUUAAAUUAGAUAUUGCAUACAUUUUAGGAACUACGUUCGAAAAACAUACAUGUACGGAAUCGAAAUGAGAAUGUUACAUGUCCUUUUGUAGACACGGUGAAUACCAAUUCAUAACAAAGGACGUAAUUAUUGUGAGGAUUUCACGUACGUUUAGAGUUGUGAUAGAGAGACAAUAUGAGACGCACGCGGAUGUUUGCGAUUCUUUCAUUUGGAUUGGCUCUAUUGACAGUGGAGCCCAUCAAAACCCAGGAUGCUGACGGGAAUUGCCCGUUGGGUUACUUCCCAUGUGGUAAUCUGACCCAGUGUGUUGCCCAGCAGUUCCAGUGCGAUGGAAAUAAUGAUUGCCCAAACAGCGCCGAUGAGGAUUACUACCAUUGUCAGGACAGCGAGGGAUGGUUUGAACAGUUCAUCAUUGGACCUGGGAUCAACAAAAAUGUAUCCGAUUCCUGGAACACAUCGAAAUGUGAUCUAAAGUUCUAUCCACCGGAAUGUAAAUGUCGCAGUGCUACGAGACUAGAUUGCGGUGGAGCGGGCUUCACUACCGUGCCGCAGAAUAUCUCAACCAACAUUGCUCGCCUAUUUCUGCAAAACAACAUGAUAAAGGAACUGCCGGUCGGUGCCUUCAGCAAGUUCACGAAGCUAGAUCUAUUGCAUUUAGAAAAUAACUCCUUGGAGAUAAUUCACCCUGGCAGCUUUUCUGGACUCGGCCACCUGCUGAAGCUGUUUCUGAACUCCAACAAGUUAGAGCGUCUGAAACCAGGGAUUUUCCGCGAGUUGAACAGUCUCUACUGGUUGUUCGUGAUGGAAAGUAAAACAAAAUACGUUGAAAGAGGGGCAUUCGAGGGUCUGGAUAGGGUAAAUUGGAUCGAUUUUCGAAAUAAUGAGAUAGCAGACCUAACUGAUGGCAUGUUUGAGGGAGCAGAGAACGCCGUUCACUGGAUUGACUUAGAAAACAACACCAUAUCAAGAUUGCACCAGGCUCCACUAAAAAACCUACAUAAUCUCACAAUGAUAAAUUUACUUUCCAAUAGAAUAUCAGAGGUCGAGGAGGAUACAUUCUUUAUAAAUAAAAAUCUGUUGGACAUUGAUCUGUCAGACAACCUCAUUCAAGAAAUCCACCCGAAGACGUUUUCGCGGAAUCACCGGCUGGAGAAAUUGAGUCUUGGGUGUAACCCCAUUAAAUAUAUUCCCAUCACAGCAUUCCAGCAACUCGGGGAACUCACAUCGUUGAACCUGUCUGGAAUAACAAUACGAAAUCUCCACACCGAUAUGUUCUUGAAUAAUACCAAACUACAUUAUAUAUAUUUCAGUGACUUCGCCUACUGUAGUUACGCUCCACACGUUGCGCGCUGUGAACCGAAAAGUGACGGCAUCAGUUCAACUGAGAACCUUCUGGAACAGGCUGCACACAGAGGUCUUAUCUGGCUGGUCGCAAUAAUCACGUGCUUUUGCAAUAUCUUCGUUUUCAUUGGCCGCAUGUUGUCUAGAGGGGAUAACAUAGCUCACUCACUCUGUGUGAAAAAUCUUUGUGCCUCCGACUUCCUCAUGGGAGUCUACCUCGUGAUCAUUGCAUCACAUGACAUCGCGUUCCGUGGCAUCUACAACAUGAAGGCACGCUACUGGAUGACAUCAGUCACGUGCAAAAUCGCUGGGAUUUUGGGAAUGGUCUCCUCGGAAGUCUCCGUGUUGAUUCUGAUGUACAUGUCACUUGAAAGGUUCAUGAAAAUAGCAAACCCUUACGCUAACUUUUGCAUGUCCAACAAGCCGGCGAUCGCCAUUUUGAUUAUCAUUUGGAUAUUCGGCUUCGCGUUGGCGCUCGUGCCCCUCUCAUCCGAAGACAUUUUUGGGAACUUUUACGGGAGUAACGGCAUGUGUUUCCCUAUUCAUAUUCACGAUCCCUUCAUGACCGGAUGGGAGUACUCGGCCUUUAUUUUCCUUGGAUUAAACUUUUCUGCCAUGGUGACAAUUAUCGUUUGCUACGCUGGAAUGUUUGUGACCAUAACGAAAACAAGGAAUCGGACUAAUACCACUUUAGCCCGAGAGAUGUCGUUCGCAAAGCGAUUUCUUCUCAUUGUGCUGAGCGACUGUUUUUGUUGGUUUCCAAUAAUCAUCAUCAAAGUUAUAGCACUCUCCGGAAUCCCCAUUCCUGCCCAACUCUACGCGUGGGUGAGCAUCUUCAUUCUACCCAUAAACAGCGCCCUGAACCCCGUGCUCUAUUCCUUCAGCACCGUCUACUUCAGGUCGAAUAUGGGAAAGAUAGGGAGGCGAUUAUUUGGAUAUAAGAAGGGAGGUAACGGCAAAUACAGAGGAUUCCAUAUGCACUCAGUGACAGAUGGCGACCAGACUACAUCCUUCACCGUGUGCAAAACAGAGAUUCCAAACGGAAAUGACAUCACGAUGGACGAUAUAAAACGGGAGGAGGAGUCGCAAAAGAUGGUUGAAAUUCCGUUGAAAGAAUGUCAGUACAAUUGAAAGUGUUGGUUCAAGACUGAAGACACAUUUUAUUCAAUCAGUUUGCCUUAUCAAUGUCACAACCAGUGUUUAUUUCAGCUUAUUUCAACCUUUUCAUUUUUUCCGAGAAUCUCAUGUCCUGUUCGAAAAUCCGGCGUGGACCAGUCACCAAGAUUUGGCCUGUCGAACACGUCGACAGUAGGGUUCCAUCAAUUGCAUCAAUUGCUUUGGUACCGAAUGAGGCGCAGGAAAUGGAGGGGAAUAUUAUAGUACUCGUGCCGUAGUACGUCGCUCUAGAGUAGGAUGCAGUCCACUUAUAUAAAUACUACAUCUAUCAUGUUUAUACUGCGUGGAUGUUGGCGAAUGUGAUACGUAGCUCUCACGAUGAUGCAUUCAGUGGGACGUCGGUGAGGCCAUAUAACAUUUUAAAAUGUGGGUCAGCAUUGACCUUGCCGUUGUGUUUCCCCGCAAUAGGUUCAAGGAACAGUAGGAGACACUGAGAGACAGCGGUAUUGCCAGACACAAAUUAUUGUUCGUCUUGUGCAUUAUUAUUAUUAUAACUAUUAUCAUUAUCAUUAUUAAAACCGCCAAAAAGGAGAACAUACAAAAAGUACAGGUAAAAGAAACCUCUCAGUUGAGCCGGGGGCGCCGUAUCUGCCGUCGAGGAGAGACCUAAACGAGUCAACUACGCCAUCAUCGCCGACAGAGACGCCACCACCCAUAUAUCAUUGCCUUGGCUCACUUGAUUCGCUAGGUGCAAGUGUUGUCUUCAUCAACAACUAAAGGGCUUAGAAGCCGAUUGGUAAAACCCUAGAGACAAAAUGGCGUUGUAUGGAUAAUACCACUUUGCUUCGAAGCCCUCUCGGUGUUCCUUUAGACCCAUGGCGAAUCGGCUGAAACAUUUUGACCGAGGGCAAGCUUUGAUUAAACCCAUAAUUUCCCGGAAAAGCUCUUUUUUGGCCAAGUAUUUGUGGUUAAUCCAAGAACAUGCAUUUUGCGGGCAAGCGUUCUUGAGACAGGGCCAUCAGUAUAAUACCUAUUGAUAUGAUGGUCUGCGAUGUUUCCGCUAUUUCUAGCACCUUCCUGCACUGAACUGAGCUUUCCCCUUGGUCAAUACGUUGCUUUUUUUCGUCAUGAUGUAUAGUAUUUCUGACAAAAGCAAUAAGAUUUAGAUAAGAAAGAUAUAUAUGUUGAUGUUUUUAUACUCGAAAUCGGAUCCACUAACUGUAUUGUGCAUUUAUCGAAUCAAAAUGUGUACUAUUGAAUGUGUGUUCGUAUCUAUAUAAUAUCAUCUGUUAUAUAUUAAGCAGCCCACAAACGAGCAUUUUUUUCACGGCGGCAAUUAUUGUUACAAUGAGCAAUAAAAAGAUCGCAAUCACUGCUUCUUAUCAAAGGCAUCCUCGGAGUGAUUUUCGUCGCAUGCGAAGAUGAUCGCCUGUUGCUGCAGUAACAAAAGGCGCUCGUUUGCUUGCGGAGGCGGCAGAUGGAGUCAGCUAAAAACCAAACGUUUGUGAGAGCUGUUUUGUGAAAACUGUCCAUGUACAACAAAAAUCGCCAUACUCUCAGUACGUCUAUAUUUGUAGAUAACGCAUUAUCUUUAAUUUGGCAGCGAUAAAGAAUACUCGAUUUGUUAGUAUGAAGAUAUUUAUGUAAACCGAAAAAAUAUCGCGGCGCUAAAGUGAGGUUUCCAUUGAAUGCGAUAUGAUUAUAAAGAAUGUGGAUUUUGCUAGUCAUAAUGAUUUUACGGCUCCCGUGCCCGCGCGAGCAUACGAGAGCAUAGAGAGCGCGUAAGAAGUUAAUGAGGUAUUUCGCAGCAAGGAGUCUCCCUAUAAUUUUGUUGUUAUAUUAGAAAUCGGAGCACAGACAAAGAUCUCAGAGAUAUGACGCUUGGGGGCCGCCCGUUUCUUGAGUACACACGCACAACUUUUCGCUUUUUCAGUUAUUCCUCUCUCUUAUGCGCAUGCGUACGCUCGAUCUUGGACCGCCACUGCGUACAUGUAUUUAAUAUUCAGUGGCGAAGUUGAUGUCUUUCUACAGCAUGAUAAAAAACACAAUGAAUUGCACAAACGUAAUAUCAUAAUGCUAGAAAUGAAACUUCUGUAAGUGAACGUUUUAUCCUUUCAAUAUCGAUUGCGACGUUCCGGUAAAUAAAACUGUCUCGAAUUAUAUCUGACCCCCCCCCCCCUCUCCAUACACUCACACACCUUUAACAUGGAUCCCAAAUUUACAACUCCUCGAUCGCGCGCCUCCCCCCCCCCCAUUCCUCAAUGCGUACGUACUGAAUGAACGGUCCCUUGUGGAGGUCCCGGUUCGCAUGCUAGAAAACGACUGACACUUCUACUGUGAAAUAUAUAAGUUGUUUUUUUUUGUCGGCAUUGUAUCGCGUAUAAGAUAUAUCUUAUACACACAACGUUAUUGUAAAUAGAUACACUGCAGAAAUAUAUGUCAAGUUACUUGAAUGUUAUAUUUUGCCAGCCGGAGCUGCCCAUUGCUAAUAUACCAGUCUAUUAACUAGACUAGGCCUGCUUCCACAUGAGCUUUUCACGGCACUUAGGCACGAAGAUUUUGUUAUUACUCGCCGCAGCGUAUACCUGAAAAUGAGGUGGAAGCCUAGAUUUUAUGGUUAUCCGGAAAGCGUCGUGGCAAUGCUUGUUGGUGAUGUCAUAUGCUGGGAGAAUGUUGUUUCUUUCAACCCGGUGUGACAGCGGAUAUAGUCCCCCUGGAGUCAUAGUCCGGUAGCAUUGUAUUUGACCAAUUAAGCAGCAUGAUCUAUUGUACCGCUAACCCUAACCAAAACAUUUAGCAAUGCGGGCUAUUGUUACACGGACUAUCAGCCCUAGGACUACUAUCCCUUGCACACCGGCUCUCCCAUUAUAACGGAGCCCGGACCGGUUUCCUUGGUCAUUUGCGAGACGGUUAUAAAAUGAAGCAUGAAGAGGUUAAAAAAUUAUGGUUCGCGAAACGUACUUCACUUGUACAUACAUGUAUAUUGUGCCAUUGGCCAUGGAGUUGUCCAAUCUAGCCACUUAUGAUUAAGUCGUAGGUCUCGCGACUAACGAAGGAGCGUGUCCAUAUCUGUGUGCGGAGUAUUUGGAGCCAGGUCAUUUCGCCCGCUAUUGUGAUAGUGAGCAUGGUGCCUCUUUUAAAAUUGAAGACAAAACGACAUUGAUUUAGUGAAAACAAGUCCUUAACAAGCAUAUUUAUAAUUGUAUAAUUCUUGAGAGUUCCGUCAGUCACGGCGAGCACUCCGAUCAACAGAUACUAUAUCGCUUGUGCUCGAGAUCCCACGCACAAAGACCACAGAGUGCCGCAGCAGCACUCUGGAAUGACCUCCCUAGUAACACUCAAACUGCGAACUCCAUCACAGCAUUUAAAACACUUCUCAAGGCCAACCUCUUCCAUGAACAUUAAGAACAUUGAAUUAUUAUUGAACAUUAUGGACAUUGUGGACUAUGAAUUAUUGUGAAGCGCCUAAUUUGAACGGCCGAAUAUAGGACUGAUAUGGGCGCUCUACAAAUGUGGUUUAUAGAAAGAUGCAUAAAAAACCAAUCAGGCUCGCAGACGUGACGGACUUUCGGUAUUCUUGAGAUGAUGGAUGUGUUGUUAUUUCUUCAUGUAAAGAGUUAUAUAGAUUGAAACAAUAAAGGCGACGUAUUUAGAUUUAAA